GUAACCGUUACUGCAUAGAGCUUUGCAUGCUUAAACACUUGUCUUGUCUUUAUGAUAUGUAAGAACCAAAAGAAGCCUUCAAAUUGAGACUUCAUUUUUGCUACAGUCUACAGAAUCACUUGUCAUCUUCUUCCUCAUCUUUCUUUCUCUCUUUCUCAUCGGGGAUCAAGGAGAAAAUUUCCAUAAAAAAAAAGAAACAAGUGCCUUGAGGAAAAUGGUGAAACCGAAGCAAAAAUAUGUAAGAAAAAUAAGCAACAAAGGUGCAGCAGAAAGGCAAGUAACUUCAUUACCCUUUGAUAUCCAGUCCAAUAUUCUAUCUAGGGUUCCUCUAGAAUCAAUCUUCAGUUGCAGAUGUGUAUGCAAGUCUUGGUAUCGCAUGUCUGGUGAUCCUUCUUUCAUUAAACUUUAUCAAGAAAGGAAUAAUAAUAAUAAUGAAGAUGAUCGUCCAUGUAAGUACAUCAUUCAAGCGCGAAAUAGAGCUAAUUCUGAAAGACUUCUUUUCUUGGAUAUCCAUGGAGAGAAACUUAGAGAAAUUUCUUUAGAGCAUAUGAAUUUAUCUUUAAACUUUAGAUAUAAAUUAUCUGCUUUUAGAAUCAUUAGUUCUUGCAAUGGCUUGCUUUGCUUAGCUCCGAACGGGAAAAUGGAUCCAAUACUAAUUUGCAAUCCAUUAACAAGGGAUUGUGUAAUUUUACCCUCUUCAAGGACCAUAUCGCGAGAACUUCCAGUCAGGAGUUAUCAAGUAGGGUUUCACUUUGACCCUCUAUUAGAAAAUAAAUAUAAGGUUGUAAGAGAAUUUAGAUGCGACAAUGAUGAAGCAUGCAAAUUUCAGAUGAUUGCAAUUGGUGACAGUUCAUGGAAAGAUUUAAGUGGUGCUCCAAAUUUUUUUCUUGAAUGUGGGUUUGAUGCAGCAAUCUAUUGGAAUGGAGCCUUUCAUUGGAAAAUAAGUGAACUUGAUCAUAGACAUAACAAUAAUUUUAUUUUAAGUUUCGAUCUAAUUGAUGAAACUUUUUAUACUAUAUUCUUUACCAAUUAUGAUGAAGUGCAAGUUCCAUAUAAUUAUCGGUUAGUGGGUUUAAAAGGAGAAUUAAAGAUUGUAGAACAUGAUUGUCGUUUUUUGAAAUUAUGGAAUGUGAGUGGUAAUAAGAUUGAAGGAUUUUCGCUUUGGUUGGAACAUAGGUUCAUUUUGUGUGUGCCAAGAAGCCGUCUUUUGCAACAUUAUUUGAUUUGUGAAAUUGAAAGGAGAAGUUAUUUGAUGCAAGUGUUUAGUUGGGAGGGUGGAAAUAAUCAGACAUGUAGGCUUGUAAGGUUUUCUCCUGAAAUUGAAAAAAUUUAUGACUUGGAGAUCAAUUGUGAACUUCCUAACCUUUUUAGCAUAAUUUGUUUUAAGCCUAGCAUUGUUUCUCCUCUUAUGUCUACUUGAUUUAUUGCAUAGGCUUAUGCAAGUGCUAUUGUUAUCCUAAAAAGGCAUGUCUAAUUAUUAUAUUAUCUUCCUUUCUUUGUUUU